GAGUGGAUUAUAAUGCUGCAUUCAGAGAAGGAUUAAAGUGCUCCUGAACUCCCUGCCAGGAUUGCGUCUGCCAAUCUGAGUCCGUAUUGAAUGGCUCAGGCUGUGCUGUGAGUCCCACAGGGAGCUACUUGUGGAGCAGCACUGAUCUUCCCUCCCACCCCUCCCUGCGCGCUGUGCCCUGCUGCACUACAGUCUUUCCUGGGAUUGAAGACAUGGGGGAGAUCCCGAGCCUGGUGAAGAUCUUAGUCUCCCUCAAAAUCCAACCCAAUGACGGUCCUGUAUAUUUUAAGGUUGACGGCCAGAGGUUCGAGCAGAACCGAACCAUCAAAUUAUUAACUGGAGCUAAAUACAAAAUCGAGGUCGCCCUUAAACCUGGAGCUGUCAGAGCUACAACAAUGAAUAUAGGAGGAAUCAUAAUUCCCCUGGAAGAGAAAUCCAGAGACCCACAAACAGCCUGUUACACAGCAUUCUAUGAUACAGAGGGAGUGACCCACACCAAAAGCGGGGAGAGACAACCACUACAAGUUAUCAUUCAGUUUAAUGACAUUGGAAGCUUUGAAACUGUUUGGCAAGUAAAGUUCUACAACUACCACAAAAGAGAACACUGUCAGUGGGGAAACUGCUUCAGCAGCAUUGAGUACGAGUGUAAACCUAAUGAGACUCGUAGUCUGAUGUGGAUCAAUAAAGAGAUGUUUCAUUAGACGCUCCAGAAGCCAUUCAUGCUGGACAAUCUUCGAAAACGCUCUUACCAGCAAAAGGCCUAUACAAAGAAACCACUAAACACAAUGUAAAUAACAUAUCACAAGCUGCAAAUGCUUCCACACCUCAACAAGUGUGUUUAUUGUUCAUUUAAAAUUACAUUUCAAUUUGUAUACAUAUGUUUAUAUAUUUUGUGUAAGUUUUUAAUUGUGUUGUUGAAAUUGUAUUAUUUUGUAAGAAUUAUUAUUUUUUAAUAGCUAAACGUCAUUCCUCGUUGUAUUUUAAUUUGCUAAACCAGUAUUUAAAUAAUGUUUCUUUCAUAUAGAAAAAAACUAAACUGUGAAAAAGUGUGAAAGUAGCAGAUUUUUUUUAAUUUUAAAUUGGUCUGCCUUUGCUUAAAAGGUUGAAAUGAAUUUGUGACUAUAUUAACUGUUUUGGUAAACUCUUAUUGUUGUUUUCCAAA